AUGAGUGUUGACAAAUCAUUUCAACAACAGAUUCUCAAAGUCUUUGGUCCAUCAACGAAACUUUCGGACGAGGAGUAUGACAAAUUACACUCACUAACAGAAAUAUUUCACGUCGAUGCCGAAGAGCUUUACCUUGAGUGGGAAUCUUUCAAUGUUGCUGAGGUUGAAGAUGAUCUUGACUUGAAUUUGGCAAAUUUGCUUAAAUUUCAUGAAUUCUUGCAAAAAAAACUUACAAACAACAAACUUACUCCGUCAUUGAAGAAAACCAGCAAGGAAGUACACUCUGUUAGAAAACCAUUGGUUUCAAAAAAUGUGAAUAGCACAAAUUACAGCAGUCCGAAUACCCCGCAACUUAAAAAGAGAAAAGUAGAUUUUGCAGCUGAAAACAAUGCAUCGUCCCCUGCGAUUGAUGAGUAUGAAACUGCCAACACUACUCUAAACUCUUCUCCCAUCAAACAAUCUCGAGAAUCACACAAGUUGAUUGAAUGUUUAAAUCCACAUAUCGAUUUAUCAAGCUCCUUAGCAAAUGACGAGCGUUCACAACAAUCUGUACGUUUAACGGCGAAUUUUGAUCCCACCAAGUACAAAUUUCGUACCUUGCAAAUGAAAUUGCUAGAGAGCGCUGAUAUGUUAGACGAUCAAAUAGAUACUAUGGCCGAAGUUUAUCAAAAACAACACCCAUCUUCUGAAACCCAAUUUGGUAACCCUUGUGUUUGUUCUCAGUUUGAUAUCUUAUGCUGUGGAAGAAUCGUACCUGAUUCGCCAAGUUACAACGACAAAGAGAUUAUGAAUAGCUCAUCCUUAUUUUUGGAAACAUCGAGGAUUACCGGUGUCGGUCAAAGGGUGGCUUUAGACUUAACUCCUUUGAGUGGAUAUUCAUUAUUUCCCGGCCAAAUUGUGGUAUUGAAGGGUAAAAAUCCUACAGGAAAAGUAUUUCUUGUGAAUGAAGUGGUGCUGUUGCCGCAAUUGGGAAAUACAGUUUCUACUCGGGAGGAAUUAGUUGAGUUUAAUGAGAUUCAAAAGUCAUUAGGGUUAAAAAUGGUUAUAGCUUCAGGGCCUUACUCCAACCUGAACAAACUCGAUUAUUCAAAAUUUGAAAAGUUUGUUGACAAGAUGAAUAACGACAUUCGUCCAAACGUAAUUAUCCUCAAUGGUCCAUUCCUUGACCUCACCAACAAGGCAGUUGAAGAAGGUGACUUUAGCGAUGGGUUGUUGAAAGAUCUGCAACCACGAAACUUGGAGGAGGUAUUUAGUCUGCUCGUGACCCCAAUUUUGAAAAAAAUCAAUCCUGAAACUCAAGUUAUUUUGAUUCCGUCAUUGAGGGAUAGUUGUGUUAGCCAUUGUUCAUACCCUCAAGAUGCUUUUGAUCGAAAAAAGCUUCAAUUACCAAAACACAUCAAGGUGUUUCCAAACCCAUCCAGUUUUGCGGUCAAUGAAAUUUUAGUCGGCUCUUCCAAUCUUGACGUGUUUAAGGAUUUGAGAGACGUUUACAAAGAAACUAAAGAGAAUGUUGAUAUUUCCAGCAACCGCUUUGAAAGAAUUAUCAAUCACAUAUUUGAUCAAAAAAGAUAUUAUCCGGUGAUGCCGGGAUCAAUAGCCUCAACCCAGUCACCAGCACCCGCACAAACACAAGCUCCAAACAAGGCGCAGAGCCUUUCAGAGCUCAGCAAUGGGGCUCCUGGUGAACAUCUACAAAACAUUGGUGUUGGAGGAUCCUCGCUCGAAGUACCUUACCUCGGCCUUGCUGAAAUAGGCGACUCUUUACCGGAUGUGAUGUUGCUUCCGUCAGAACUCAAAGUAUUUGCCAAGAUAGUCAAGGGUGUUGUGGUGAUAAACCCAGGCCAAUUUAUCCGCCCAAACAGAUCUUUGGAAACUGAAGAUGGAACAUACGUUGUGAUGAGCGUGGCUCCUCCCAGACCGGAACAUGAAUCUGAGAACAACGUGACUCCCGUGCAAGAUAAUGAAGAGUUUUACUACCACAAUAUUGACAGAAGAUCUAGAGUAGAUAUCUAUAGUAGUUAA